AUGGCCGUGUCACCACCAGAUCCGUUUGCUCGCGGACGCGCGCAUCCGCAUCGCGCAACACCAGGAUGUGCGCCGUCGAGUCGCUUCUUGGGGACCGCGGCGCUGCUGCUGCUGCUGGGAGCUCCGUUGGCGGCCGCUGCGCACAGCUUCCCCUAUGUCCCGACGCAGAUCCUCGCGCCCGAUGCGUGCUUCAACCAGAGCGCGUGCCACCGCCCGGAUCUGGCAUACAUCUUGACCCAGGACGGCGACGACAAUGUGCAGUUCCUGUCGCUAAACAUCUCGAGCACCGUGGGAGCCGACACCAAGCUGAGCCCCGUCACGACGAGCCUACCCUUUGUGGGCGGCGACAAUCCGAAGAACACGGCAUUUGGCGCGGUGAGGACAGAAGAAGGCGCUGUGCUGGUAUACUCUGGACAAUGUGACAAAGGGCCGGGAAGCGUGUGGACGUAUGGAGAGGGGGCUGCCUCGGGGAGUAGCGGUGAUGCGGCUUGGACGAAGCAUGCGACAACGCUUGGCACGUCGCAAAAGGGCAGCUCGUCGCGAGGGCCGUACUUCCUUGGGGGGACCAUUGCCUUUUCCGCGACGCUUGCACCGCUGCUGGACGAGCCGACGAUAUACAGCUACGGUGGCAUGUGUGAUACGCCCUCGGACAGCUCAAAGGGCUGGCAGUCUGCGGCAAACUACUCCACGGGCAUGCUGACUCUCGCCCCAGCCGACAGCAGCCCUUCCUCCAGGUCGUACGCGCAGAAUAUCGCCUCAAGCUCUGGGCCUAAGACGCCCAUAGCUGGAUUCAGCCUCACCGCGCUGCAAAGCUCCAUGAGCAACAUUUCCGGUACCGUCACACAGCAGACGGCGUACGUCAUCCUCGGCGGCCACACCAAACAAGCCUUCAUCAACAUGAGCACCGCCGCUGUGUGGAAUCUCCCCGAGGAGUCUUGGUCCUACGUAAACGUUCAGCAAUCAACCGACAGCCCCGAUGGCGUGGAGAGUCGAUCUGGUCAUACAGCCGUCUUGAGCCAGGAUGGGCGUUCCAUUAUUGUGCUUGGGGGUUGGGUUGGCGAUGUGACGAAUGCAGCCGAGCCGCAGCUGGCCAUCUUGGAGAUGAGCCAGGCGUACAGUUCGUGGAGGUGGACGAUACCGAAGCAACAGCCGAAGUUUGCAGAGGCCGGCAUCUAUGGGCACGGAGCCGCGAUCCUUCCGGGAAAUGUCAUGAUGGUGUACGGUGGCUGGCAAAUUAAGGAUUCCGACACGUCCAGCAAGAUGAAGCGACAGUCUGGCGUCACCACGGCACCGCUGUUUCUGAACCUGACCGAUAUGACGUGGUCGACGACCUAUAGCAAUCCUACCCCGGCCAAGACCGGUGGCCAAAACCCGGAAGAUGCCCCUGGCAAGACCUCUGAUGCAGCCAAGUCAAGAGUGUUGGGGCUGAGUCUCGGAUUCGGCAUUGGAGGUGGGCUGAUCCUCUUCAUGUUGGCCUUGGUCAGCUUCUUUUACUGGCGCAAGAAGCAACGGAGACGGGCCGCUCGCGACGAGACCAUCAGGGCCAUGGCCCAAGACGCCAGCAUGUUUGUACACGACGGCGUUGACAUGGCUGAGCGACCUGAUACCUUCCCCUGGGGUUAUCGAAGCUGGUACAAUGGUGGGCAGGAUCCAUACCGGACAAAUGGAGACGACCGAUCUUCUGGAUAUGAAAGCAUGCGUGGCUCGUAUGGCGGCUAUGCACCUGUCGUACCAGGGGUCGUGAGGAAGCCAGUGGCUAGGCAGAUGCGUGGCGGUUAUGUGCCGGCCAACGCUCCGCUCAAUAACCCUGUUCAUACUCCGGGCCAGAUUCACCCCAUCAUGGAGGACGACGAGGAAGAUUUGUCUUACCAACAGGCCAAUCCCGCCGAGGCCACGACGCCCACGUCGGACGCAUAUUCCGAUCCCUUCAUGACGCCAACAGCUGCCGUGGCCUCGGGGGCUCUACCAGUUUUCCAGCCUCCGCCCCCUGGCCAGAGCACGGCUGGGCCCAGCACAGAUGGCCCAUUUCAGCACGAUCCAGAUGUGCAGGACUGGGUAUCGGAUGUCGACGCCGCGGAUGCCAUGCUGGCGAGGUAUAAUAGCACUCGCCAACACGGGCGUUCAUCGCCCACGCGGCGAAGCUCUCAGCGCUCAUCUGGCAUGCAUGAGGAGGAUCUUCAUAUGGACUCUGGCAUAUCAGAGUCUACCCGCAGCGCGGGAGAUGGGCUGGGCCGCUCCGGCUCCGGUCGAUGGUCCGCCAUUAUUGCUACGGCUGGCCUCUUUGGCGGCAGUUCUGCGCCCACGACAGAGCCGGGCAAGCCUGGCAGCUCCUCUUCGAGCAGCUACAACACGGCAAAGUCGGGCUUCGGCGCAUUGCAGGCCGAGGGUCCCAACCUGCUGCUCGGCAGAACCACGCCCGGGAGUCCGUACGAGGACGACGAACUGCAGCAGCCCAGCUCGCCAUCGAAAUCGAAACCGCCUCGGAGAAGCUGGCUAGGCUCGUUGAGACGCGUCUUUUCGGGCUCAGAGUCUCCCUCGAGUGACUCGCCUGCCAUGGACAGACCAGCCCCACGGGAGAUUUCCACAGACAUGCUGAGCCACGACUAUGAGCCCCCGCUCUCAGCACUGGGCAGCGAGCUUCUAAAGAGGAAGCAAGGGCGCCAGGACUGGGAGGGCGGCGAGAGCAGCAGCGCCAUGGAGAGAGAAAACGAAUGGGACAUUGAGAGAGCCGUGGAGAACCGCCUGGUUCAAGUCAUGUUUACCGUUCCCAAAGAGCGCCUCCGCGUUGUCAAUGCCGACGAGCUCGAUGACGGCACGAGCACCGACGAAAGACUGCCACUUCACAUGCCACAGACGGCGGAGCUCGUGGACAUGGACAAGCGGUCAUCCCUGAUGGAGGCCUCGCUCCGCAGCACCAGCAAGCUCAGCUCCCACAACGACGACGAGGGCGGAGGCGUGCCCGUGGACGAAGGCGAUCGCGACGACGGCUUCCUUCGGGUCGACCAGGACGACUAUGAUGACCGUGCGGAGAGGAUCGAGAGGCCGCUGUCGGUGGUGACGGACAUGACGAGGAGCGAGCGACCCAUUUCGAUUGCGACGGAUGUGUCGUUUGCCCGGUCGGCGAGCGUGUACACGGCCGAGGCCAUGACGUUUGAGCGGCCCAAGACGAGGGUGCUGCAGAUGGUGGACCGGUUCGAGAGCUUUGGGACGGAGAGCAAGGACAGCAGUCCCUCGGUGAGUCGGGCGGGGACGCCAGGGAUACGGAGCAUCAAGAGCAAGAAGUCUUUGCGGAAUGAAGAUUUGAAGAGGCAGUAA